AUGCAGACCCCCAGUCGUGAUUUGAGCCUCGAACUGGCUCCGCAAGCUUGUCAGUCCUGCAGAUCAGGCAAGAGAAGGUGCGACAAGGCACUUCCCAAGUGCUCCUCCUGUGCUAAUCGAGGCCGGACAUGUGAGUACAGGUGGCCAGAACCUAGCAGGCACUCCACGGCCGCGUCGGACCCUGAAAGGGGAUGGUACCCUUCUCCCUUGGAUGAGGAACAGCAACGGGAUGCCCGCACCGUAGACUUUCCAACCAUCCUCUUCCUUGACCCGGGCUUACUGCAGCAUGGCCAGGUGGACACAGCACACAGCACGGUGUCCGUUCCACCAUACAUCCUGCAUCUACUCGGUGACCUGGGUGAGAUCCGGUUAACUGCAAGCCGGUUCUUCAAGCACAUCCACCAGUGGAUGCCCUUCAUCUCGAAAAAGAGAUUCUACGACAUGUAUCUGCAGCCUGCAUUCCACACUCGCCCCGACGUAGUCCUGUUGCUCUUGGCUCAGAAGUUAAUCACCACAUUCCCUCCGGCCGGUGCGCAGAGUCCCCGCACCCCCUUGUAUUAUGCCGUUCGGCGCUUUUACGUGGAGGUCGAAGGUGCCUUCUCCAUCCUCGUUCUGCAGGCUGGGGUUCUGGUGGCGCUGUAUGAACUUGGCCAUGGGAUCUACCCGGCAGCGUACCUGUCGAUUGGGGCAUGUGCGCGGUACGCUCACGCGUUGGGCAUCAAUCUCUCUCACACAGUGCCGACCCGGAGAGUGCUUACAUUUCUCGAGGGGGAGGAACGGCGGAGGAUCUGGUGGGCGAUAGUGAUUCUCGAUCGUUUCGUGAGCAUCGGCUGUCCGGGACGACCCUUCGCCACAGCUGAUCCACGUUUGGACGAUCUUCUACCUGCGGAUGAUGCAGCAUGGGACCAGGGGAUUGUCCGACCAGAUGACCUCUCGACUCUGUCUUCUCCAAUGACGGGCCAUAUGAGUAAGUUCGCUCUGCUGUGUCAGGCUGGCCGGCUCCUGGGACAGGUCCUGCACCACCUCGCCAGCGACAUCGCCAUUCAAGACGAGGUCUGGAUGCAGCUCGAUCGCACACUGCAGUCGAUGCUGGCUGCGGCAUUGAACAUUGACUUCUCAACCACCAGUGCGCUUGUCGCCCUGUAUACCCCGUGGCUCGUCCCGGACCGACCCACUGAUCCCCACAGCGACCGGUGUCGACGGUCGCGAGUCGUGCUGGAACAAAUCACCGACCGUAUCAGAGCUAACCUAGUGGAGCGACAAUGUUUCCUUGGCCGCGACCCUGAAGACAUGUCCCCAUGGGGCCUCUACUUUGCCUACCGCAUCUGUGGGGCGCAUAUGCGGGCUCAACGGAAGACGCCACAUGCGGCAGCGGUGAUGCAGAGUCUGCGGGAGGCGUUUCGCAUAAUCGAGGUGCGGUGGAAUGUGGCGGGAGUGUAUCUGCAGCUGUUGGAGGCUCAGGAAGCGAUUCAUCUUGGGAUUUAA